ACAAAAGUUCAAAUGUCCUCGACUCGACCAAAAUGCCUCGUCAGCUUUUCCAACUGCCUUAUUCAGUAUCGUGUUCUUCGUUCAGGUCGCCACCGCCACGUGUCGGCCCCGCCUUGACCUCUCCAUCGCGUAUAUCUCCCGCACCCCCUCCUCCUCUUGCCCUUUGGACUCCCAACAACACAGUCUCAGAAAAGUUCUCUUGCUCCUUAGCCCGUGAACAUAUCAGCACAGAGAGAGAGAGAGAGAGAGAGAGAGAGAGGGUUGAUUUGACUGUGUGAGGAGAGAUGGAACGUGGGUUCCAUGGCUACCGCAAGCUCCCCAGCACCACCAGCCCCGGACCCGAAAUUGGCAUGGCAGUCGCCGAUGGAAACCACACCGCUGCCGCAGCCAGCAACAACCACCAUUUGAAUGCGGAUGAAAACAUCGAGUGCACCGUGAGGGAGCAAGACCGCUUCAUGCCCAUCGCGAACGUGAUCAGGAUCAUGCGCAAGAUCCUCCCCCCGCACGCCAAGAUCUCGGACGACGCGAAGGAGACAAUCCAGGAGUGCGUCUCCGAGUACAUCAGCUUCAUCACCGGGGAGGCCAACGACCGGUGCCAGCGCGAGCAGCGGAAGACCAUCACAGCCGAGGACGUCCUCUGGGCCAUGAGCAAGCUCGGCUUCGACGACUACAUCGAGCCCCUGACUAUCUACCUGCACCGCUACCGCGAGAUGGAAGGCGACCGUGGGUCCCUGAGGGGCGAGCCCUUCAUGAAGAGGGCGGUCGACUACGGCAACUUGGGCGUUCCCGCUGCUUUCACACGGGGAUUCCCAAUGGCUGGCCCAGCCGGCCCCCACCCUGCUUACUUUGGAGCUCCGCCAAUGGGCGGGUACUUCAAAGAUGGGAAUACUGGCCAUGAGGGCUCUUCAAGUGGGGCUGUUGGAAAUGGUGAGGCCCAUGGCCAAUUUGAAUGAUGCAUCAUGUUAUCUUGACUGUAGGAGGACAGUAACCCAGCUCUUUUCCUUCUUGUUUUUCUUUUCAAUGAAAGAAAGGUAACCUAGCUUGUUAACGAUGGAGGUUGGAGUCUAUUGGAACUGAGUUUGGACUGCAGAUCAUGGAAAUAAAACAGUAACUUCUUGGCAUUUUUUUGACUUCACUUGAAGAACAAGAACAAGAACACUUGUUUUCUUUUCCGGAGUUUAACAUCUUAUUUCCAAAGCACUUGCGUUUGUUAAUUGAGCUUGCUAAGUUAGCAAUUACACUGCUUAUUUUCAUAUCAAACCCUUUUUCUUAUAACUCAUUCCACU